AUGCCUUCAAAACGACGUCGAACAGCCAUGAGAGGUCGACGUAGAAAACAAACACAAGAAUCUCCGUCUCAAUAUAUUUAUUUACCGAUAUUAUAUGAAAGAAGUAUACAAAAAAGUGAUUCAGAUAUUCGUACAAUACCUGAUCAUACAUUUGGAAAAGUUUAUUCAAAUCAAAUAGUAUCUCAUAAUCAAACAAUAGAAGAAAGACCUUCUCCAACUUCAUCGUAUAUGAUUGAAUCGGAAAUUAUUGUAUCAUCAAUACAAAAGUCAAGAAAAAUUAAAUCAAUAAAAAAGAAAGAAAAUAAUCGAAAAUUUUCAUAA